AUGUCGAAGAGCGGCCUGGAGGUCUGUUUGGGCAUGCCCGAGCCUUGCGAAGGUGAGUUGAGCCCUUCCGGCGAAGAGGAGACGUCUUCCUCCGACGUGUCGCACGAGUCCUGGGCCUGGAACCCACUCCUCGAGAGCCAUAUUGCACUCUUGACCGAGAUGCAGGCCACGAGUUCUCAGAUCGUGCGGGGCAUCCGGACUUAUUAUCGCAUCCUCCAAGGCGGCCCUCGCCAUUGGAUGAACGGAAGGUUGCUGGGUUGUCCUUUGGGUUCGUUUUACUUCACAGCCGCGAGCUUGACGAAGCGAAGGAUGUAG